UUCAUAUCUAUCAGCCCUUUCCCUCUCUCAGCAAUUCCCCGAAAAUGUUCAUCAAAGGCUUCUCCUCCAAGCGGAAAAUCGGGUCCGUUCCUGUCUAUCUCAACGUCUACGAUCUCACCACAAUCAACGGCUACGCUUACUGGUUGGGCCUCGGCAUCUACCACUCCGGCGUCCAAGUACAUGAUGUGGAGUACGCUUUCGGUGCGCACGAGUUUCCAACAACUGGGAUUUUCGAGGGCGAGCCGAGGCAGUGUCCAGGAUUCACGUUCCGGAAGUCGAUCUUGAUUGGACGGACGGAUCUUGGGCCGAAGGAGGUGAGGGAGUUUAUGGAGAAGCUGGCCGAGGAGUACACGGGCAACAUGUAUCAUUUGAUAACGAAGAACUGCAACCAUUUCUGCGACGACGCGUGCCUGCGUUUGACGGGAAAGCCGAUCCCUCGGUGGGUUAAUCGCCUCGCGAAGCUCGGUCUAUUGUGUAUUUGUGUUCUUCCAAUCGGCCUUCAUCCGGCGACAGUCAGCCAUAAAUCGGAAGAUAGAGUUUGUGAUGGAGAGAAGAAGAAGCUGAGGAGCAAUUCAAGUAGAUACAUUUCUCCGCCUGCUCCUGCUGCUACUUCCGAAGGUGGAUCUGUUCCUUCCAUAGCCUCCGUGACUAGAAGUAGACGCAGGCAGUCUGAGCCUUGUGCGCCCUCUUUGGUUGUCACUGCUUUGACGUUGAAGCUUUAAUGGAAAUUGGAUACUGAAAGCUGUGAUUUUAGAGGGAAAUGGAAAAUACAGAUGUUCUUAUUUCUAGGAGGAAUGAUAGCGGUUGGCAUUAUAACCUAGCCCUGGCAGUAAACAUGCAUGCUCCCUGAGUCUGAGCCACCAAAAUAAUGGGACCCACAUUAGAUUGGUGAAAUCAGAAGGAUUAGACAAUCCUGGUCUCUGAUUCAUGGUCAUUUAUUUGUUGAUUCCUCACCAUUUACGACCUUUCAUCUUGAUUGUCCAUUAGGUGUCCAUCAAUCAACUAAUUGGGACCACACUUUCAGUUUAGUUUUUGGGUUAUAAUCAAUUGAUAGUGGACCCCACCAUUCCGGCGGUUCAAAUUAGAGGUGCGUGCCACGUCCCACUGCUUUUGAAAGAAAAAAAAUGUUUGUGGUGUUUCUCUGUAAAUUCUGGUUAUUCAAGUUAGUAAAAUGAUUGUGUAUGCAACUAUGCAUUGAGAGGACUGAA